GUGGGCGGCCCUCAGGUCCGGAGCAAGGCGGCCCCAGCGGCCGUACCAUGGACUCGGGUCUCGAGGAGUACGAACUUAACGGCGACCCGCGCCCGGGCUCUCCUGGCUCCCCGGACGCCUCGCCAUCCCGCUGGGGCAGGAACCGGCCCAUCAACGUAAACCAUUACGCCAACAAGAAGAGCGCAGCAGAGAGCAUGCUGGACAUUGCGCUGCUGAUGGCCAACGCCUCUCAACUGAAGGCUGUCAUUGAGCAGGGCCCCAGCUUUGGCUUCUUUGUCCCCCUUGUGGUCCUCAUCUCCAUUUCCCUCGUUCUGCAGAUCGGCGUGGGUGUGCUGCUCAUCUUCCUGGUCAGGUAUGACCUCAACAACCCAGCCAAGCACGCCAAGCUGGACUUCCUCAACAACCUGGCCACCGGCCUAGUCUUCAUCAUCGUCGUGGUCAACAUCUUCAUCACUGCCUUUGGUGUCCAGAAGCCCGUGGUAGACAUGGCACCCCAGCAGUAGGGCUCAGACACCUCAGAUUAUGCCCAGCUGCAGCCACCCAGACCCCAGAAGCCGCCUCACCCUGGGGGCCCACCUCCCUGUAUGGGGUACUCCCCGAAACUGCGAGUCCAAGACUGGGCAGAGGCCACUUGGGCCACCCCAGGGCCUCCUCCAUUCUCAGCUGCUCCUUCUCCUGGAGCAAGUGUCAGCAAGACCCAGAAAGGUCAUACCCAGCAUGGACACACGGCAGGCCCAGAGAUGGGCAGCAAGGGGUCAGGGCCAGCCUCAGUCUCAGGGCAUUUCCAGAGGGAUGAGGAAAUGCCCCUCAGCCAACGCAUUCUCUGAGGGACCUGUGGCUUCUGCACCUCCUGAACCAAGAGACUGGACUGCCAGCUCCUUCCUUCCACCACAGCUGUGGGCCUUGCACAUGUGCUCCACUAGUAGUGACUGGACAUGGGGCUGGGGCCUAAGCCCCCACUUUUCUAAGCACAAGUGACCAAUAAAACUGAUGCUCUUCCUGUGUGGCUA